AUGUGCGUUUGUUUCAGCUGGCCCUCCUCCCGGCGAGAAUCGGUUCUACUCAUACCGACCGGUGCGUUCGACUGGCUCAGUACUACGUACCGCGGGGCGAGCGACCGAUCCGCCGGGCCGCGGACGGGUGCGGCCCGGGAGGGGAGGAAAAUCCGGGCCCUUCUUCUCGUCUUCCGUACUGAUGCCGCAUGGCGGACCUUCCGUGACCGGCGCGCGAGGAGGCCCCGAGCUACUGUGGUAGUACGUCAUCUUGAGCACCUGAGGGAUGCUGAACCCAGAUCCCAGAGAGCGGAGAGCAGUAAAGUUCGUGUUGGUAGUCGUUGUACAACUACAACUACGACGUACCGUACUACUACCGGUGCAACGGCGCAGUUGGUACCGUACUACGUAUCUACUCUAGUUCCCACUAGUGGUACUAGUACUACUAUUUUACAGAGGCAGGCAGGCAGGCAGGCAGGCAAGCCUCUGCACAUCUGCACAUCUGCACAUACAACUGCGACCGGCUACCGUACUCUGCUACUUACCGGUAUGCCUCCACCCGAACUCUGCCUCGAGCUUGUCCCAGCGACAACUACAACUACCUACUCCCGUCUGCUGCCAACAGCUGCUACAUGGCAUGGCACGGCAUGGCAAACAGCAUCUUGCAUCUCUCGGGUCGUGUACAGGUCGUGUAUACCGGUAGGUCGUCCUCCUCCUUGGCAUCCCUACCGUGUGCUGGUUGGUACCGUACAUGAUCCUCUCCUCUCCUUUCCUUUCCUCUCCUCACCCGGCUAUGAGUCACAUCAGCUACCAACCCCACGCUCUGCCCACCGCUACCAACCAACCAACCAACCAACCAACCAACCAACCUCUUCGUUCGGAGAUCAGUAA